AUGCUUCUGGAGGAUCUGCUGGUGGUCCUCAGCUGCCUCAGCCUGCACGCGCUCAAGGUCCAAGCUGUUCCUAUCCUGCCCCUGAGCCUGGUCCCGGACACCUUCGAUGAUGCCUACGUGGGCUGCUCUGAGGAGAUGGAGGAGAAAGCAGGCCCGCUGCUGAAGGAGGAGAUGGCGCGCCACACCCUGCUUCGGGAGUCCUGGGGGGCAGCUCAUGAGGCCUGGCAGCUCCGGCGGCACAAGCUUACCCUACCUCCUGGCUUCAAAGCCCAGCACGGAAUAGCUAUUAUGGUGUACACCAACUCAUCCAACACCUUGUACUGGGAGCUGAACCAGGCCGUGCGAACGGGGGGUGGCUCCCGGGACCUCUACAUGAGGCACUUCCCUUUCAAGGCCCUGCAUUUCUACCUGACCCGGGCCCUGCAGCUGCUGCGGGGCCCCGGAGGCUGCAGCACAGAGGCUGCGGAGGUGGUGUUCCGAGGCGUGGGCAGCCUUCACUUUGAACCCAAGAGGCUGGGGGACUUUGUCCGAUUAGGACAGUUUGCCUCCAGCUCUAUGGAUGAAAGCGUGGCCCGAGGGUUUGGAAAUGCCACCUUCUUCAAUCUAAGGACUUGUUUCGGGGCUCUGAUCCAGGCUCUGUCUGUCUUCCCUGAGGAGCGUGAGGUGCUGAUACCCCCACAUGAAGUCUUCCUGGUCACGGGGUUCUCCCAGAGUGGAGCCCAAAGCGUAGUGACUCUCUGGAGUUAUAAUCAGACCUGCAGCCACUUUAACUGCGCCUAUCUGGGUGGGGAGAAGAGGCCUGGCUGUGUGUCCUCAGCAGCCGUAGGGCAUGCAGAGUCAUCCUCCACAGAGGCCUUGGCUCUGCAAUCAGGAGAAAUGCUGCUCUUGGCCCCAGGGGAGUUGCAGCUCUCCAGGGCUGGACCCUGA